UCAAACCAGGCCGGUCUUUCCCCAAAUCGGACUAGGAGAGAGCAACACGCCGAGACGCUGCCUGGAAGAGCGAGAGAGAGAAUAACGACAAACCCUAACCUCAGACGCGCUCGCGCACAAAACACACACAAACGCACACACAAACACGAGAACACAGAAAACCAGCAAACCCUAGAUUGAUCUCGGUGACUCAUUGGUUCAUCAUAGCAAGAAAGUAAUUGAUUUGCGGAGAGAGAAGCAAACCCUAGAUUGAUCUCGGUGACUCAUUGAUUCAUCAUAGCAAGAAAGUAAUUGAUUUGCGGAGAGAGAGAGAGAGAGAGAGAGAGAGGAGAGAGAGGAGAUUGAGAGAUAUGGGGAAGAAGAAGAAGAGAGCUCCAUCGAAGGUAUGGUGCUAUUACUGCGACAGAGAGUUCGAUGACGAGAAAAUAUUGGUUCAGCACCAAAAAGCCAAGCAUUUCAAGUGCCAUGUCUGCCACAAAAAGCUCUCCACAGCCGGUGGCAUGGUCAUUCACGUUCUCCAGGUUCACAAAGAGACCGUCACCAAGAGAAAUUUUUCUAUUGUUCUGUGUAUCUGAAUGGAUAUUUAAUCAUGAAGCUUGCAAGAAUUGUUGUGCAAGGGUGCCGAAUGCAAAACCUGAUAAAGAAUCUACUGACAUUGAAAUAUAUGGAAUGCAAGGAAUCCCACCUGAUGUCUUGGCAGCACACUAUGGGGAGGAAGCAGAAGACGAUGCUCCAUCAAAAUUGGCCAAAGUGGAGAUUCCUUCAUCUGUUACACCUGGUUCAUUAGGCGUUGGGUUUCCUCCUCAGCCAACUUUAGGCACAAUGCGGCCAGUUUACAAUCCUGCUUUAGCUGUCCGUCCUGCUGGUUGGCCAGUCCCACCUCGUCCCCAACCUUGGUUCCCACAGCAUCCAGCUGUUUCAGUUCCUCCUGCACCAUUGGGUUUAGCACAACCUUUAUUUCCUGUACAGAAUAUGAGGCCUCCUGGGCCACCCACUACAUUGCCUGCACUUCAACCAUCUUUGCCCAACGCUCCUCCAGGACUGCCUCCAGCCUCCCCCGUUGCUGUAUCUCAGCCAUUGUUUCCUGUUGUUGCCAAUAACAGUAUACCUACGCAAAGUUCACCAUUUUCUGCACCUAUGCUUUCAGCAAAUAUUCCAUUAAGCUCCCCUGCAGAACUCAAAAGCUCAAUCGACGCAAGCAACACUUCUUUUAUGGCAAAUAAUUACCACACACCUGGCUUUCAAGGUGGGCCAUCAGUCAAUUCACAUUCUUAUGCUUCUGGUCCAAAUACUGGUGGUCCAUCAAUUGGACCACCUCCUGUAAUUGCAAACAAAGCUCCUGCUAACCAGCUAGCCACAAAUGAGGUCUAUUUAGUUUGGGAUGAUGAGGCAAUGUCAAUGGAGGAAAGAAGAAUGUCCUUGCUGAAGUAUCAGGUGCAUGAUGAAACUAGCCAGAUGAGCUCGAUUGAUGCAGCUAUUGACAGAAGGAUAUUGGAAAGCAGGCUUGCUGGUCGCAUGGCUUUCUAGAUCUGUAGUAGUCUCUUUCUCUGAAUGUUGAAGUCCUUUAAAUAUGGUGGAAUUUACUUAAUUUACAUAUCCUGUUGGGAUCUUGGUCCUGGCUCUCGAGUUGCGUGUUGCAUUUUCUUUGGAAGGGAUGUUGGACAGCAUUCUUUCAACCAUUAGCUAAUUGUUUAGAAAGGGGGAAGAAGAAGAUAAUUGUUUUAUUUUUCAUGGGAUUUUGUAAUCUGUUAGGACUUUGUAAUGAUAUUACACUCUGUUUUGUAUUUUACAAUAAUUAAGUUGAGGGCUUGGGCACGUUAGCGGUUCAUAA